CUACCGUCUGGCACACGAUCGGAGUGCAAAGUUCACUCGUAGAUAUUUAUCGCGCCUCGCACUCUGAUUCCCUACGGAACUCACUCCAAGACCGCCCUUUCCACCGUCCUUCUCAAUGGCAGAGACAGCGCCCAAGAGACAAGCAUGUCGCGGAUCGUGUCACUGCGGAUUGACUCAGUACAUCAUCUUCCUCACCCUCCCGCAUCCAUUCUCGUCGUCGAACCCACCACGCCCACUCCAACAAGAAGUCUACCGCUGUAACUGCAGCACGUGUCACAAAAUGAACUUCUUUCACGUUCAUCCGGCCCAUGCUCGAGACGAUUUCAUGCUCCUCUCACCACUUGAACCAGAUAAAGAACUGAGUACCUACCAAUGUUACGAGAUGAAACGGAAAUAUUACUUCUGCCCCAAAUGUGGAGUGCGGUGCUUGACCUUUGGUGGUGAGGGCGAAAUCGAUGUCGUGGAUGACGACAAAGGAGGCAAGAGAACGGUUUGGCGGGCGAAGUGGGAUGGAGACAAGGACACAGAACCAUAUGUUGCAGUCAACGGUACUACGAUGGACCCUAGAGAGGACUUCGAUCUACGUAUUCUUACUGAGGAGAAGAGAGUGCAAUAUUUUGAUGGUCGGAGUGAGCCUGAGAAGGAGAAGGAUCCAAGAUGGGACAGACCUCAUUAUUGUGGAAGUUAUUGAUCUCUUGAGAAAGGUAUGAAGUUCGAGGGCCAUGGAUGCCAAUGCGUAGAGGCUAGAGCCCACCAAGAUACGGACGAUCCUUCACUCGGUCGUUACGCUCCAAUUCCAUGAACUUGGUCAAUAAUGUCCCUUUCAACAAUUGGACCAUUAUAACGGCCUCGAAGAUAUCCAAAAUAGCUGGUGAUUCCGAUAAUCAUGGUACCCCCCCACAGAAGACAAGACCAAUUCAUGGUCUGCAGAGUCAGGUCCGUACGGACGGAUGGGAAGAAGCUGAACACCAUAACGAUCGCGAUCCAACAGAGUCCGAAAAUGUUGCAAAAAAUACCAAAUGGUCGCCCCAAGGUCCAUGGCCCAUAAUGGAUGGAGGAUGGGUUGAAGAUCUUUUUGUGCAGUAUCAAAAUCAUUGGCAGGGUAUAACUUGAGAGGUAGCCCGAGACAACGAGCGAGGCAACGGCAUUGAAGCUGCAUCAAGUUCAGCAUUUGAGUGAGACCUUCAGGGAUAGUACUUACGCUGCGCUGGAGCCGAUGUUGAUCAAACCCAACAGCAUGGUGAUGAGGACUGAAAGUCCGACUGUGUACAGGGGCAACUUUGUUCGAGGCUCAACUCGAGACAGAUAACGCGAACCAGGUAACCCAUUGUCCCGGGAGAAAGCCCACAUCUACUACCCGUCAGAACUGAAAGGAGCAACAAAGGAAUCGGAGAUGCUGGUUAGACUCACCAUCCUGGAGGCCGCCGCCAAUACCGCAAUAGUUGCAAAAAUCAUCAGAGACAAGACAAUGGCAGUCAUCGCUGUAGCUCCGCCAUUGGUAUUGACAGCCUGACGGAAGAUUUCAAUGAAGGGAAACCCCGUUGGCGAAGAAAGGGCGUUGUCGAUGUCUCCAAUGCAAAAGAGAAUAGCGAUCAGCAUGGCAAAUCCCAUCACCCCAUUCAGGCCGAUUGAGGCUACGAGGGAAUUCGGUACAACCGUGGAAGCAUUGAUGAUCUCUUCAGACAUGUGUAUAGCUCCAUCUGCUCCCACAAAUGCGAACACAGUUGUUAUCAGGCCCACGAAGAAUGAGGUUCCCUUGUUGUAUCCUCCCGAGUUGAGAUACUUGAUGAAUACGUCGUGUGCAGUCCCAUGUGGUGCAAGGUAUACCAAAGUGAUGAGGACUCCGAAAAAUCCAACAAUAUGCACAAUCAAGACUGCUCCCUCGACUUUGGGCAACUGCUUUGCAAGGUAGGUGUUGAAGAGCAAGGCCAACAAGAUGACUGAAAAAAGCAGCAAAGUUCCAUGCCAUCUUUUGAAGUCAUAAUUCGGGUAGUUGAGCACCAAUAAUCCCUGAAUGAUUGUGCCACCCAGGUAAGCGGCCGAUGCGAGACAAGCUUGCCACGAAAGAACAGACUGCCAACCAGUGACGAAGGAAAGGAAAUUGCGACACGACUUUGGUGCAAAGAGGAAUGUCCAGUGAUACUGGCCACCUGCCGUCGGUGCCCUGUCAGAGUUAGCAACAUCAAUAUGGUAUCGAGAUCAGCACGCACAUCGACACCAUUUCGGCCAGGGAAGCCACAACGGUAAAAUAGCCCAGCCAGCAGAAGAGAUAGCCAUACACGAGUCCGGCGGGACCGCCGUCAGUAAGUCCAUAGACGAAGACCGUCAGCAGUCCCUCCCAUGUUAUCAUAAGCGUGCAAGAAAAUCCAAGCAU